AUGGCGAAAUUCCAAGUAGGCUGGUAUCGGUUCGUACCGUUCUUAGGAUACCACCAUGUGUUGAUGAUCUUGAUCGCAAUCGCAAUCAUUCUUCUAUCUCUACUAUUAGCAGGCUGCUCGUCAUCAUCACCCUUGAUCCCUGAUAUCUUCCUCCUGUCGCUGUACUACGACAGAUACACAGCAGUCCCCGACACGGCGCAAGUAGACUACAAUGUCCACACGGCCAUCGAGAACAUCGCCGGGGACGCCCGCCUCGCAGCCCGCGUCGGUUACUUUGGUAUCUGCAUCAGCCCCGACGGAGGCAGCUGGCUUUGCAGCAACAACGCGACCGCCCUCGCCAACGAAGUCUCCGUUGACCAGGACCCCCUCAACCUGAUCUGGCUCGCCGCUCAGUUCAAGGACAUGAUCGUCUUCCCAUACCUCAUCAUCAUCGCCAUCAUCUUCGCUUUCGUCUGCUUCCUCCUCCUCGCCACCUUCCCCGGCUGGCACGAAGAGGAGGACUCGGAGGGUUCCGACCGCGAAGUCAAGCCCUUCCCCUCCCGUCCCGUCUCCCAGAUCUCGCUGGCAAUCAUCUUCAUCGCCUCCAUCUUCGUCCUCGUCUCCGUGCUAUGGCAACACACCGCCUCCGUCGCAGCCGCGGUCAUUGCUCAGGACUUCGGAAACGGCGCUGUCCGCUCCGGUGUCGGAACGUCCGCUAUGGUCCUCGGUUGGUUCAGCUUCACCCUGCUCAUCAUCGUCACCAUCGGCCUGCUGGUCAUGAUCCUGAGUAUCCGCGUCCUCGCCCAGAUGGUCGACUAA